UUUCUUUAAUACUCCAAGAAACUUAUGGCGUAUUUACUCACGCCUUUACUAGUCAAAUUUUAUCAACUAUAUAAAGUCGUUAACAAAGUGGCUAGAACCAUUCACAUUUUCAGAUAUUUACCAUCUACGCUAAAUUAGUUCAAACUGGAAUACUCUUUACAACUAAAUUACAUUAUUCUUCUAUAGAUGGAAUCAUCAUCUAAUUGGGUUCUUGAUACCUCAAAUGGCUUCAAUCUUAACCUUAAUCUUUGCAACAAUUCCGAAAUCAAUGACACGACAAGGGAUGACGAGAGAAAAAGCGGGAACUUAGAAGAGGAGUUGAUCAGGAUGAACAAAGAGAACCAAAAGCUCACACAAAUGCUAGCAUCCAUGUGUGAGAAUUACAGUGUGUUGCAAAAUCAGUUGAUUGGCUUGAUUAGUCCUAGAUCGAAAGGGGAGAACGAGGAUCAAAAUCUUAAGAAAAGAAAAUAUAUGGAAGUCAUGGAUUAUGGAAUACAGGGGAACACAGAGCAUAGUUGUAUCAGCUACGAUGAUUCAUGCAAAGGAUUAAGGCUCUUAAGUACCAAGCCUAAGAUCACUAAUAAAAUGUUGAUUCGGACCGAAAAAUCGGAUACAAGCUUGGUGGUGAAGGAUGGAUAUCAAUGGAGAAAAUAUGGGCAGAAGGUUACAAGAGAUAAUCCAUCUCCUAGAGCUUACUAUAAAUGUGCUAAUGCUCCGGUUUGUCCAGUCAAAAAGAAGGUGCAAAGAAGUGCAGAUGAUUCAUCCAUCUUGGUAGCAACAUAUGAAGGAGAACACAAUCAUCCCCAACCUAAUGCAAGGGAUCAUUUAGAUAAUGUGGUGUUAAGCUCAACUUAUACUGUAAAUAAUAACGUUAUAACCUCUCCUAAUAGCGUUAUUCCAACCUUAAACCUUGAUUUGAUCAACCAAAAUUCGUUCAACAAUGUCGAGAAGGCGAACGACGUCGUAGAUCCAACAGCAUUGCAGAGAUUACUGGUAGAACAAAUGGCUUCUUCAUUAACCAGAGAUCCUUCUUUUACUUCAGCAUUAGCAGCUGCCAUUUCUGGAAAGAUAUCCCCAAGCAACUAUGAUGAAAGAUGGUUAUAAAAUCUAGGAGAUUUGAAAAUAAAUUACAUCAUUUUAAUUAUGUAGAUUGUAGUUGUCAAAUAUGCAUGGGAUCUCUUAUACUCCAAUAGUCCAAUUUAUUGUGUCAAAAAUUUUGUCUCUCUUCUUUUUUUCUUUCUUCUUUUUCAUGGAGGGAAGGGGAUAAUUGGAGUGAAAUCAUAUACAAAAUAAAAAGUAAAUAAAAUGAGGAUCGAUCACAAAAAGGUUAAACAAAAAUUAGAGUUUGGAUUUUCUAUUUCUAUUGGUGUAUAAUGAUUUUCACCCCUUUGUAUCUAUUUUACUAUGCCAUUACAAAAUUGUAGUCAAAUUUUGGUUAUGAAAGAGUAUAUAAUAUAUAUAUAUAUAUAUAUAUAUAUAUAUAUAUAGUUAUGUGAGUUUCUGUCAAA